UAGUCAAUAUCUUCAUUGUCAGUUCUAAGGUUGGUUGAUGAACUGUAAUUAGUUUGUACUAAAUUUAGUCCUAUAUUUUAUUGUACUCUGUGUCUUUCAAUAUUAGAAAUCCCAAAUAAUCUGCAUUUUCAACUAUCAUAAUAGUGAAAUCAACACAGCGCAGGUAAUUGAUUUUUCUUACUCCAGUUUUAAAACCACAGUCAUCUUCUUCCAAUUUAACUUCCCUCAAUAUAUAUUCAUCAUAUAUGUUGAAUAAAUAAAUAUACAGCCUUUUCCCAUUCCUUUGUUGAUUUGCAACCAGUCUGUUUCACCAUCAAUGAUAUCUAUGCACUGGUAUCCUUUAGUGUACCAAUUUAAGAUUGGAUCUCCUGAGUUAGGACAUCUUUUGGUCUGUUUCUAUCUUCACUGUCUUUACACAUAUUAUUGUAAUAUUUCUUUUUUUAUAUAACAGCUUCCUAAAAUACUUUAUUCUUCCAUGAGAUAUAACAAUAACAAUAACAGAGUUGGAAGGGACCUUGGAGGCCUUCUAGUCCAACCCCCUGCCCAGGCAAGAAACUCUACACCAUCUCAGACAGAUGGUUAUCCAACAUUUUCUUAAAAAUUUCCAGUGUUGGAGCAUUCACAACUUCUGCAGGCAAGUCGUUCCACUUAUUAAUUGUUCUAACUGUCAGGGAAUUUCUCCUUAGUUCUAAGUUGCUUCUUUCCUUGAUCAGUUUCCACCCAUUGCUUCUUGUUCUACCCUCAGGUGCUUUGUAGAACAGCCCAUCUCCCUCUUCUUUGUGGCAACCCCUGAGAUAUUGGAACACUGCUAUCAUGUCUCCCCAGUCCUUCUUUUUAUUAAACUAGACAUACCCAGUUCCUGCAACCGUUUUUCAUAUGUUCUAGCCUCCAGUCCCCUAAUCAUCUUUGUUGCUCUUCUCUGCACUCUUUCUAGAGUCUCAGCAUCUUUUUUACAUCGCGGCAACCAAAACUGAAUGAAGUAUUCCAAGUGUGGCCUUACCAAGGCAUUAUAAAGUGGCAUUAACACUUCAUGUGAUCUUGAUUCUAUCCCUCUGUUUAUGCAGCCCAGAACUGUGUUGGCUUUUUUAGCAGCUGCUGCACACUGCUGGCUCAUAUCUAAAUGGUUGUCCACUAGGACCCCAAGAUCCCUCUCACAGGUACUACUAUUGAGCAAGGUACCACAUAUAGGGUACCUGUGCAUUUUGGUUUUUUUGGCCUAAAUGUAGAACUUUACUUUUUUCACUGUUGAAUUUCAUUUUGUUAGUUAGUGCCCAAUGUUCAAGUCUGUCAAGAUCCUUCUGUAUCUUGAGCCUAUCUUUUGGAGUGUUGACUCUUCCUGCCAGCUUAGUGUCAUCUGCAAAUUUGAUGAGUUCCCCAUAUAUCCCCUUGUCCAAGUCAUUGAUGAAGAUGUUGAAGAGUACUGGGACUAAAACAGAGCCUUGGGGUACUCCACUGCAUACUUCCCUCCAUGUGGAUGUAGUUCCAUUGAGGACUACACGGUGAGUGCGGUUGGUCAGCCAGUUAUGAAUCCAUCUGGUGGUGGUGCUGUCUAACCCACAUUUUUCUACUUUAUCUAGUAGUAGGUUAUGGUCUACUUUAUCAAAUGCUUUACUGAAGUCCAAGUAAAUUAUAUCGACAGCAUUCCUCUGGUCUACUAAUUUUGUCACUUUGUCAAAGAAUGCAAUUAGAUUAGUCUGGCAUGAUCUGUUUUUGACAAACCCAUGUUGGCUUUUGGUUAUUACUUGGUUUGCUUCUAGGUGUUUGCUGAUUCAUUGCUUGAUUAUCUUUUCCAGAAUCUUUCCCGGUAUUGAGGUCAGGUUGAUAGGUCUGUAGUUUCCUGGAUCUGUUUUUUUUUUCCUUUUUUGAAGAUGGGAACUACAUCAGCUCUUUUCCAGUCCUCUGGCAGCUCCCCUGUGCUCCAGGAUCUUUGAAAGAUAUAGUUCAGUGGUUCUUUCUUUCUUUCUUUCUUUCUUUCUUUCUUUCUUUCUUUCUUUCUUUCUUUCUUUCUUUCUUUCUUUCUUGGCUUUAGUUUCUUUUAUUUUGACAAUUUCUAUCAUCUAUUCUAAUAUCCAAUUCUUCCUUCUGUUUCAUCAUUUUUUUAAAGUUCAACAUUCAUUCUUAACAACAAUUUCAAUUUCAUUCUACAGUUCCUCUGAUUCCCUAUCAGUGAGGUUCAGGAUUUCAAUGCAAUUCCUCAUGUACUCUUUGAAAAUGAUAGGAUAUACUCAAGAUCAUACUAUGAAUGUUGAUUAGUUUUGUUCUUCUACUUUAGCUUAAUUUAGAACUCAUAUGAGUUAUUUGUGAUCUGUUCCAGUCAGCCCCUGCCUAUACCUUUGCUAUUAUAACUGGGUUCUUUCAUUUACUUCUACCAAUAAUAUAUUGUAGUCAGUUUGAUUUCUGUGCACACCAUCUGGUGAUAUCAUUGCAUCGUUUUGGUUGUUAGAAGGCUGUUUUAGUAGUGAAAAAAAAUAAUUUGAUUGCAGAAAGUCAUUGAUUAAUAAGUCAUUCUCUGGCUUCAUUCUGGUUUCCUAGGCUGUAAAGUCAGACUAUUUAAUAUUUCCCACUUUAUAUUCUACUCUCCAGCAAUAUGACAGUAUAGUAAGUAUAGAAAAAAGAUAUGGUUAUAUUAUUAUCAUUCAAACUACUGAAGAUUUAUGGACUGGAAGUAGUAGCAGUAUGAACAUACCCUUAUUUUUUCUUUUCAUUUUAUUCAGGCAACUCCUCACUUUUUAAAAAUUCUUUGAAAUGUAAUAAUAAGGCAUUGGCCAUGGCCCUUAGUACAGAAAAAGAAAAGUCUCGGUGGCUGAAAAAUGGAAAGUUGUUAUUACAAAAAGAAUUGGAUGGGCUGAACUUGCAGAAUAUCUUACUUCGCCAAAAGCUAAGUUAUCUGGUACAUUCUAAAAAAAAUGGUGUGAUUUUUGAUUCACUACUUAGGAAAAUAAAAAUUACAGAAAAUACCCAAUUAUUCCUUCCUAUUAAUGGAACAGCUUAUUUCAGUAAAAUGUUCACAGGGCAAUUUAAUUUUUCUUUGCAAUUCCUUGAAUGUCCUAAGAAUCUGACCUGUUGGAUUUAUUUAAUUAUUAGAUUUGUAUUGUCUUUUGUAUAGAAGCUGAAGGUGGCAUACAUUAUAUUCAUUCUUUGUCAGCCCUUCAACAUAGGUUAAAUCAGGGAUACACAACACAAGAAUUAUAGGAAACUAUUUAAUUAUUUUAGGUUUUAAUUACAGAAUUUUCAAAGCCUUCCAGAGUUUCCCUCUAUCUCCUCUUAUAUCAAAUAGAAUCAGAGGAAGGUUAUUUUGAGUUUCUUUCUCUUUUCCCGGAACUGUGUUCUCUCUUUUUUCCCUGCCUCAAAAUCACCAGUGAACCUCUAUGGCUCUAUGAACAUAGAUUUAUUAUGCUUUCCUAGAUCACAUAUGUUUCAAUACUGCCUCUUUCUUUGUCUUAAUGUUAAGAAAAAAAUUUUAAACCACCUUUUUUUCUUACUUACUUUGGCUGUAUAAAUAACAACAUAUUAUAUAUAAUAUGUAUAUAUAUAUUUAUUUUUUAAUACACAGAACAAAAGUCUAAAAGAAAUUCAAGCAGUCAUGAAUAAUAAGAUUUUAACCGCAAUUGAAUUAAGCACCUUUUCUGAGUGUAUUCCAAAACCUGUAACAAUGGAUGAUGCUCAGUGCAGCAAUUCUGGUCAUGAAUCCAAGCUUUCAAAAAAUCAAAUAAGACCUACUGAGCAAAAUUUGAUCACUCCUCAUAAUGUAGAAAGUGAUGGAGGGGGGAAAGGGAACUUGUUUCUAUGUGACACACAUGGCCCUUUUAAGCAGAUAUCUUUACUCUCAAAACAAGUUACAGCAGAUCAUAUGAACAUGCAGAUAUUAUACCCUAAGCAAAUGCCACAACCAAGCGAAAUAAAUACAAUGGAAACAGAAUUUGCUACAAAUACAUUUCCAGAAGAAAAACAGUCUCAUAUGAAACAAAUCUCUAAUAAUACCACUCUAGAUUAUGCAUCAUCUGCAGAUGAAUAUGAAAGUCAGUCAAAAGGACAUAAUAAUCCCUUUCCAAUCCAUGGAUAUAUAAGUGAAAGAAAGAAAGAAACGGGCAUUUCAAGUAUUCACCCUAUUUUAAACAAUUUUGGUACCAAAAGAGAUAGUAACUGUAUAUUGCAUCUUUGCAUGGCCAGAGUUUGCAAUAAUGAUAUCGGUAAUCAGAGAGACCCAAAUGGUGCUUCACAUAAUGAAUUGACUUCCCAACCUAGCAGUAAGCUUGUUUACAUGAACAAAGAAGAUUUAAUAAAAAGUCAAAAAUCAGAGAAAACUAUAUAUGAUACUGAUAUGGAAUUAACUACGAGUGAAUUGGGUGAAAUAGUUAUAAUUAAAUCUAGAGAUAAGAAAUUUAAUAAGGUUAAAGCUGACAAAAUUUCAGGAAAUCUAAGAAAAGUAACAUUUGCAAGUACAAAAAAGCACAUUAAAAAAAAUAGCAAUGAACCAAAAAAAAGUAAUCAAAAUGUUUCAAAAACCAUCCAAACCAUUAAAUCAAAGAAAAAAUUACCACUAAAAGUAGAAUUGUUUGAAAAGACAACAUCCUGGGAAGUGGAACUGAAAAAUGCCAAUGAAGAUGAUGUUAAAGAAGAUAAUAAAGACAUCAACAAAAAUUACAAGCACCUGCAUUUAAUAGAUCUCAAGUGUCAACCACAAACUACUAAUAUUUUAGAGCCAGAAAAAGAGGAAAAAAUAAUGUCUGAAACAGUAGAGGAAGUAAUUAGAAAGAAUCCAGCUGAAAAUUUGGAAGUAUCUACUAUACUUCCUACUUUAUUACAAGAUCGUAAAAUGGAAAGUUUGCUACCAUUGGCAAACUCCAUAAUGGAUAAACAAGAAAAUUUAAACAUAAAUAAAAGUUAUCCUGAUAUUUCCAAAAUCAACAAAUCAAACUAUUAUGAAAUAGAAAGCAUGCAGCAUUUAAGAAAUUUGAGAAGACUCGGCUCAGAGGAAUGCAGAUAUGACUGCCAAACAAAACAUGGUCAAAGAACCACUGUAAAAUGUGGAUGCAGUAGCAAAGAAGUUACUUGCAAACACAAUAUGACAGCAGAAGGAUCUACAGAUGCUUUAGAUGUUUCAAAGAUUUUGCAAAGUGACAAAAGAAGAAUUUUUGCAAAAGCUAGCCGGAAGACGUAUAUUAUAUAUCCAGGCUCUCGUAAUGAGAAAAAAAUGUAUAUGAAACAGAAAUUACACAAUCAAAAAUUAUAUGAUGAAAAUAUUCCACAUAAGGCAUCUGAAGAGGAAGGAAGAACUUUCAGUAUUCAGAGAAUAACUUCAUGUUCCCUAAAAGAUGCUGAAAUUUCUAAUGAAGCAAUAAAUGAAAAAGAAGGUUCGACAUCAAAGCCAAGCAGAAAAACUUAUUUUGCUUGUAUGCAUGAUCAAAACAAAAAGGAGAAUAUCCCCGUUAUAAAUAAAUCUGAAAUGUAUUAUCAAGAAGAAAAUGAUUGUGAUUUUACAAAGAAGGCAGACAUAAUUUAUGAAGAAUUGUGCAACAGAAAGCCAGUGCAAGAUUGUGGGAGCAAGCCUCUUCAAGAAUUGACAAAUAUUGGUAUAAAUUCAAAUCCCAAAUCCAAGAAAGAUAUAGAAGAACGUUCUGAAUCACUUGUUAGACUCAGACGAACAACAGUUUGCUACAAAGAACCUAGCAUCCAAAGCAAACUGAGGCAAAGAGAGGAUGCUACAAAGGACACAAUUUUUAAUUUUCCAGUCUUCAGAGUGAAAAAUAAGCAAAAUUUCAAGACUAAAUCCAGAUUAAUCUAAAGGAAAUAUACAGAAAACAAUGAUUUCUAUGAAUACACUAUCCUUUAAAUAGAUUUCAUAAUUUCUUUCUUAGUGAUUUCAUUUAUUUUCCUUUAAUUGUUCUCUUUAAUCUCUUACCAAGUUUCAAAAUGAAAUAAGCAAAGUAAGUAUGUAUUGGAAAAUGUUUUGUUAUCAAUACAAAUUUAACCUUUCUAAAGAUUACAUAGAUUUUCUGAAUUAAAAUGAUUUCAAAAUUUAUAAAUUGUAAUAGAUGAAUAAAUAUGGUUUCAGAACAAGGUUACAUAGUUUAAGGUUUUUCUAUCCCUACAGAUAUUAAAAAAACAUCACACCCUAGUUCAGGGAUGAAAUCUACUUACUUUC